UCGAGAGAUUCUAACCGCGCUAGUAACUCCGUCUCCGAGAACUUCUUGGCCGCCAAAAGAAAAAAAUACCAUACCACCCCACACUUCGCUGUCGAGCUGCAACACGCCCAUGUUGACUGCUAUUUGCUUCUCCUUUAUCUAGAAGUAAAAUAUACGCAGCCAUGCCUGGCAGACAGUCGAAUCAACUGCGGAGGCCCGAGGAUAACGGUCCUCGGAAAGCAAAGCCCAGACGCAAGCGCGGAAAGAGUCUUAAUGCGCUGACCAUCGCGGAGCACCAAUUCCCGAUCAAACCAAGAAUCCGCCGUCAUCGUCUUGGUGAGGAUGAAGAAGAUGAUGAUGCUUCCAAACGCAAGCGCCAAUCCCGUCACGCCGAUGAAGAUUCAGAUGGUCCGGACACGAAGCGACGCAGAACCGGUGACGAAUCCUCAGAUGACAGCGGCGAGGGCGGAAGCGAUAGUGAGGGACACCAGUGGAAAAUAGGACAGGUGGACAGUGAUGAUGAUAGCGAACUGGACAGCGAUGAAGCCAUGGGUGAGAGCGACGAGGAAAGAUUCGAUGGUUUCUCUUUCCGCGGGAGUUCUACGAUGAAGUCCAAAUCGGGGCGAGUUUCUGGCGGGAAGAAGUCAAAAGGCGCUAUAGAUCUAUCUGAAGAUGGUGACAACAUCGAAGAAGACUCUGAGGACGAUCUGGGAGAGGAUGCCGUGGAUCUGGCUACCGCAUGGGACAUGAACGCUUCUGAAGAUGAACAAGAACAAAAGGCUCCACGGCCUAAGCAGAAAGCGUCAGACAAUGCAUCCAGUGACAUGCAGUCUGAAGAUGAUGACGAUGAAGCGGAGCUCAGCGACGACUCCGAUCUGUCGGUGUCGGACGAUGAGGGAGACGAUAACCAGCGCGGGCUUUCCAAGCUCCAAACUUUCGUGAACUCGAUGGAGACAGAAGUAACGGCGAAACCAUCGCGAAAGCUCGAUUCUGGCACAGAGAAGGGCAAACCUACAGAAUACGGCCUAAACUCCUCACGAAAAUUGACUGUUGCGGACCUUAUACCUUCCAUCACCGAUUCUCGCUUGAAGACUUCUCUUAAGUAUUUGGACCCUACUGUUGCGUCUAAAAAGUCUGCAUCUACGGGCAUUCCUGGAAAAUUGCAAGCACCUCUUCCCAAGCGUCAACAAGAUCGGUUGGAGCGAGCUGCUGCUUAUGAGAAGAGUAAGGAGACGCUCAACCGAUGGAUAGAGACGGUCAAGGCGAACCGGCGGGCAGAGCACUUGUCCUUCCCCUUGGUCAAUCCUAACGAACAACCUACGACGAAAAUGGAUGUGGCUAAGCCGCAGACGGAUCUCGAGAGCACUAUCCAGAACAUCCUGGUAGAGAGCGGACUGGCCGACUCCACUGAGAAGUCCGCAGAACAGCAAGUUCAGGAGUUCGAGGAGCUCGAGGCGCGAAAGCUUUCUCUUGAAGAGUUACAGGCCCGAAGAGCAGAGCUUCGCAAACAUCGCGAGUUACUCUUCCGUGAGGAGGUCCGCGCAAAGAGAAUCAAGAAGAUUAAGAGCAAGUCCUACCGACGUGUUCAUCGCAAGGAACGGGAAAAGAUGGAGCAAAUGGAGAGACAGGCCCUUCUGGAGGCGGGAGUGGACCUGGAUGAGGAAGAAAGGGAAAAGAAUGACCGGCACAGAGCUGAGGCUAGAAUGGGAGCGAAGCAUCGCGAGAGCAAAUGGGCUAAGAGUCUCAAGCAGACUGGACGUGCCGCUUGGGAUGAAGAUGCUCGCGUAAGUGUAGCAGACAUGGCGAGAAGGGAUGAAGAACUUCAAAAACGGAUCGAGGGUAAGCGGGUGCAUCGCGAGGAUGACGACUACCUUGGUUCGUCGAGUUCCGAGUCUGAUGACGAGGAUCCUUGGGCGGAAGAUGCGUCUGAUAGGGAGACACGCAAGCUUCGGCAGAAGUUGGAUCAGUUGGAAGCAGACGAGGGUGCCGAAGACUUCAAGGGGCCGCAUUCAAAGCUGCUUUCUAUGAAGUUCAUGCAGAACGCAGAGGCAUCGCGCAAAGCACAAAAUGACGCGGAGCUCAGGAGGCUGGCACGAGAGCUUGAUGGUUCUGAAUCACAAUCAGAAGCUGAAUCCGAAAUUGGCAGGCAGAAGUUCGGUUCUACCAAACCCGAUAAGCCCGAGAAAGAGAAGCCUUCCGUCCCGCGGAAUGAGUUUGAGGAGCCUGCAGGGUCAGAUGAAGAGGUAGAACACGCGCCAGCAGAGGACAAAGUGGAGAUCGUUGCCAGUAACUCCAAGAACCAAAAACAAGCACGCGCUUCUGUCAAGACUUCCCGCAACCGUGCGCAGGAGGGUUGGAGCAAGUCAGACUCGCCCCAGCCGGAGGACAAUCCCUGGCUUGCUCAAACUACCAGAAACAAUCGCCGCCGUGGAAACGACAUUUCUGGAGAGACGGUCGACAUCACAUUACCGGAGCCCGUUCCGGGUUCCAGUGAAAAGAAGGCUGAGAAAAUCAAGAGUCACUCCAAGGCCUCUUCCAACGGCCAUCUAACAGCCAAGAAAACAUUUAAUGACGAGGGAAGCGGCAGCGACGAUGAAGAUAACGUUCCGGUCCUCCUAAAGAACCAUGACCUAGUCAAGAAAGCCUUCGCUGGUGACGAAGUUGUUCAGGACUUCGAACAAGAGAAACACGAUGUCAUAGAGGAGGAAGGUGACAAGGUCGUGGAUAACACGCUGCCAGGAUGGGGAAGCUGGGCGGGUGAAGGAGUGAGCAAGAAACAGCAGAAGCGCCAAAAGCGUUUCCUCACCACUGUUGAAGGGAUAAAGCCCGAUAAACGCAAGGAUGCCAGACUCGGGCAUGUGAUUAUCAAUGAGAAGAGGGUCAAAAAGAAUGUGAAGUAUCUAGCUUCUCAACUGCCUCACCCGUUCGAGUCGAAACAACAGUACGAGCGCUCUCUCCGUCUGCCGAUUGGUCCCGAGUGGACUACCAAGCAGACUUUCCAGGAUGCUACCAAGCCUCGCGUGAUGGUGAAGCAAGGCAUCAUCAAACCUAUGGAGAAGCCGAUGAUCUAACGCGUCUCUGUCAAAAGUAUCCUCGCAUCGUUUUUUUCUCGUUACUAUUUGUAUGACCGGUCAAAAGGGAAUGGCAUCAUGGGUAGAUCUCAUUGGACUUAUCUUUUCAUUUCCCUAUAGGGUUUACAAUGUUUAUAAUGCAAUAAAAUGGCCACUCCAGAUGGAGUAUCGUGGGUUUGACACGGAAAA